AUGGCGGGGCAGGAGCGUAGGACAAUCGAUCUGGAGGAGGGAUGGGCCUUCAUGCAGAAGGGCAUCACCAAGCUGAAGAACAUCCUCGAGGGCAAGCCCAAGCCGCAGUUCAGCUCCGAGGACUACAUGAUGCUCUACACGACUAUAUACAACAUGUGCACGCAGAAGCCGCCACACGACUACUCGCAGCAGCUCUACGACAAGUAUCGGGAGUCGUUCGAGGAGUACAUCACCUCCAUGGUACUACCUUCUUUAAGGGAGAAACAUAAUGAAUUUAUGCUAAGGGAGCUAGUGCAAAGGUGGUCAAACCAUAAAGUCAUGGUUCGCUGGCUUUCGCGUUUCUUUCAUUACCUUGACCGGUACUUCAUAUCAAGGAGGUCACUUACCCCUCUUAAAGAAGUUGGCCUUACUUGCUUCCGAGAGUUGAUCUAUCAAGAGAUCAAAGGACAAGUUAAAGAUGCAGUGAUAGCUCUGAUAGACAAAGAACGUGAGGGUGGACAGAUUGACCGGGCUCUGUUGAAGAAUGUCUUGGAUAUUUUUGUUGAAAUCGGGUUGGGUCAAAUGGAGUGUUAUGAGAAUGACUUUGAAGAUUUCUUGCUCAAGGAUACUACAGAGUACUACUCUGUCAAGGCUCAAAGCUGGAUUCUUGAGGACUCAUGCCUAGAUCAGACUUUGGAACGGUUUGGACUUUGUUUUGCUUGUGAAUUUCUUAAUGGAAUAUGUUAUAAUGAUGGACUUCGUAAUGGACUAUGUUGUAAUGAUGGAUUUUUGUGA